AUGACGUCCCCUCAAGUCUCCUCCCUCACCGUCUUCUCUCCCUCGGAUGACUCCUCCGCACAGUUCGGCCAGCCGCCACUGUCUCUCCUUCAAUUCCACUUCUCGCCCCAUACCUUGAGGUCGCUUCCUCGUGGGGCCAAGAUAUCCAUCAUGAACGCAAAUCAUUCUCUGACGGUCACCACCUCGCCAUCUGAUUAUCAGGUUGAGACAAACGGCGUCACGAUUGUCGGCUUGCCAGUGUUCAACGAUGGAAACUUGGUGGUCUUGGGGAUUGAGAUGUUCUUUCGAUCCAGAGUUCCAAACUUCGGCUCCAGUUCAGAGUCCAGUCCUUGGCCUUGA